AUGCCUGUCGUGGACGGAGCAGAUGGCCCGGUGGAUCAAACGUCCUGGUGGCAAGGACUUCACAAGCAGUGGGAGGAGACCCCGCUGCUCCGCGACCGGAUGCGCAAGGGCAUGCAUUUGUUGAUCCCGCAUCCGCUUUGCAGAGCAGAUGAUAAGCCUUCCCCGGAUUUCGUGGAACGCUCGGUGCACAAUUGCCGGCAGAACAAGGAUGUUCUGAUCCCGGCGAUGAAGCGCUGGGCCGACAAUGGUCGCGACACCGUGCCAUCGAUCGACUGUCUUUAUCGUGAGGUGGAGUUGUUCUUUCAGGUUUGUCACCGUGAGGACUUGACGCCCGGGGACACGCACAUGGACUGCUGGACGCUGCGUAAGCUCAUGACUCUAGUCAAGUCUUUGCUGUCCAAGAACAAUCCCCCGACAGACGAAAUCAUGGCAGAGAUUUUCCUUGCCUUCGGCUAUGAAAUUUCUGUCGAGGACCAACUCGCUCCGGAUGAAGAGCCGGAGGUGCCGCAGCCGGCGCCCGAGGAAGUCAUUGAUCAGCCUGAGGAGCAGAGUGAGUCUGAGGACGAGAUAGCAGAAGAUGCUGUUUUGGAGGAUUCUCAACUUCUGCAGGAUUCCGAUAGGUUGGUUGGGGAGGAGCUCCCCAAGCAUGCCCCUAUUGCUGACAAGGAGCCGUUGAGUAUCGGCCGCCCCGUUGCGACCCCGCAGUUCAGGGCCUGCGAGCCACCCGAAGUUGAGGUUCCAGCUGCCCCGAUUGCGACAGAGUCCUAUGAGAACUUGGGUUCCAUGUCUUCGCUUUGUGCUGCAUUGGAUGAGCUGAAGCUUCGUGCCUCCGAAGAGGAGCCUAUCGAUGGCGAGCCUAUUAACAUCUGUUCCGAUGAUGAUGAUGAGAUCCCCGAAGGCCUGAAUGUGGAGACAGAAGCCCAGCGGCUCCAGUCAAGACUUCAGGAACUGCAGGCACUGCACGCAGUUGCCCUUGAACAGCGUGCCAAAGCUUCCAUGCCGGGCUCGCCCCCGCCUCCUGCUAUCGAUCUGGAAGCUGCGCCAGCUCCGAACGAUCCAGCCCCAGAAGUCCCAGAAGCUGCCCUCAACUUGACAGGUUCCGUUAUGGAUACCGCGGAAACUCAGGUCGAUUUGCAGGUGGUGCCUGAAACCGAGCCGGCUCCAGCGAAGGAGACUGAUCCGCUCCUGGCAGCUCUUCCGGAUGUGAGUUGUUGGGAUGGUGUGUCACGACGAGAUCAACACUUGAUGGUCGCCUCUCGCAAGGAGGCCAAGGCGAAUAAGAAGAAGGGCACCACAGACAAGCCGAACAAGAAGCUGAAGCGCAAGAGCUCCCGUCGCAUGAAAAUGUUGAAGAAGGCCAAACGAACCAAGAGAACCAAGGUGACCGAAGAGGCUGGUCCUGAGGCUCCCGAGCCCGAAAGGAUUGUCCCCGAGCCCACCAGCAAAGCCAAAGCCAAAGCGAAGAGCCACGCGAAGCCCAAAGCCAGCCCCAAAGCCACGCCAAAGCGCACCCCGAAGGCCAAGAGCUGCCCGAUGAAGAGUGCCCCGAAGCCCAAAGCCAGCCCCAAGAGUUCCUCGAAUCCGAAGCCAUCGAAGAGAAAGGCUGCUGAAAUGGAGCCCACUGCCCCCACCGAGCCCAGUGCCCCUGCUAGCAAGGGUCGGGGAAGGGGCCGGGGUGGAGGAAAGGGUCGGGGCAAAGGGGGCGACAAGCCCCGUCCUGCCGAUGCUGUGGAUGCUGCAUCCGCAGCAGCCGCACGGCCUGACAAGAGCAAGGUUGCCAUCCUAUCCCGCUACCUCAAGCAGUUCGGUAACAUGCCGUAUGAAGCGACUGGCUUGGAUCUGCACAAGCGCAAGUUCGAUAAAGUGGUCACUCUCAACACGUACUGGAACCGGCCAGCAUGUGGUGUGAAGCUUAAGAGGGAGGGUGAGAAGGCCACGGAGGUUGCUUACUUUUCCAAAGCCUCGUGCCCCACGUCUACCAUUGCAACGCACUUGCAGCUUGCGAUUUGGGUGGUCGAAGCCUGA